CCAAUCUUUAUCCUAGGGUUUCAUAUAACUAUUUCACUAUGCUAUUGAAGACGGUCCAACUAUUGAUUGCAAGACUCUGGCGUUCCUUUAUGCUGGACAACUUCCCUCUACUCACCAGUGGCUUUAAUGAUGGAUCAAUCCUCAAAACUCAGUGAUUCUAAAGAAAAAGAUCGGAUCAGCAAUUUGCCAGACGAAAUUCUUUCUCAUAUAUUGUGUUUUAUGCCCACGAAAUAUGCUGCCCGAACCAGCUUAUUAUCUACCAGAUGGAAAUCCAUUUGGACUUCAGUCCACAUUAUUGACUUAUACAGUAACGAGCAAAGUUCUGGCUUCAUUGAUUUUGUAGACAGACUUCUGCUUCUCCGCAAUUCCUCAAAUUUAAAUAAGUUUCGCCUUCAAUGUCAAUAUGGGUACCGUCAUCCGUAUCGUCUUAAUUCAUGGAUUUGCACCGCAAUCAAGCUUAAUGUUAAAGAACUUGUUCUUAAUUUCCAAUUUUAUCAGCUUGUUGUUGAAUUGCCUCAAAGCCUAUUUACCUCUGUCAAUCUUGUGGUUUUGAAGUUAGCUGGUGCUGUCUUUUUUUGGUUUCCUAUGCCAGUUUUUUUGCCGAGUCUCAAGGUCCUCCAUCUUCAUUCAUUGACGUUUCUGGAUGAUGAUUCUUUCCAAAACAUCCUCUCUGGCUGCCCAGUCCUUGAUGAAUUGGACAUAGAGAGGACUAAUCUAUGGGAUAACAUAAUGACAUUAUGCAUUUGCUCAUCUACUCUGAAGAAAUUACAAGUGAGGAUUACUAUAAUGGUGUAGUUGGGAUGCUUGGAAAGAUUUCUAAUGUUCAGCAUUUGGAAUUAAGGCAUGGCAUCCCCAAGGUUGUCAUUGAAGCUUUUCACUACAAUAAACUGUUGCUUCAUAAUUUGACCCAUUUGCACUUGCAAAUUUACGAUAUUCAAUGGUCAAUUUUGCUCGACUUGCUUGGCCACCUGCCUAAUUUGAAAGUUUUAGUUUUCAACAAGAACAAGGUGAGUUCAUUUGUUAGAGAUCAUUUCAGUUUUUAUUAUUAUAUAUUUACUGGU